UUGAGUUGGCUUCAUGAGUGUCGGCAAUACCACAACUGCGGCUCCGACCCCCCAGAACAGACUUUUCCGAUCAAACUCAUUGAUUGUAGUAAAAAUCUGAUUAUCUCUGCUGACACGAGCUACAAAUAUGCAGCAUUGAGCUAUGUUUGGGGCGCACAAGACGAAACUAUCCCACAAACCGUUGACCAGGAUGACACUAGUAACGCUCGGCAGGGCCCUGAUGAACUGUUGAACGCACCUCGAACGAUUGAGGAUGCCAUUACAGCGACGCAAAACCUUAAUCUACGUUACCUUUGGGUUGAUCGCCAUUGUAUCGACCAGAAUAAUGCAUCGGAAAAGCAUACACAGAUUGCGGCGAUGCAUUUGAUCUAUCGGAGUGCUGAAGUUACGCUAGUUGCCGCGUGCGGGGACGACGACUCAUUUGGUCUUCCUGGCGUUGGCCUAACCCCGCGAAUAUCCCUUCCUGAAGUAACAUUUGGAAGUCUACGCCUAGGCUUAGCUCUCCCCAAUCCAGCCCAACUUCUCAGCAAGAGUCGAUGGUCCAGCCGGGCUUGGACCUACCAAGAAGGUCUCCUCUCUCGUCGGAGACUGAUUUUCACCACGCGGGAGGUAUAUCUUGAAUGC